AUGGUCGCCUCGGAAUCUACCCCCAUUGUCCGCAGGCAGUCCACCCAGCAGCAUUACCAAACAUUCACCACACCACCGCCGAAGUCGCGCGGCCGUCCUCCGUCGAAUGAUUCAGACCAUUCCCAACCCUUUGAUAGUCCGCGAUCCCAUGAUGAGGACGACGAUGGCCAUAGCUCUUCGGGAUACACCAAACUGCCAAAGAAGCAGAUGGCGGUGCUGGCGAUGAUCGCCCUCGCAGAGCAAACCGCACUGAACUCCAUUAGUCCCUACCUCCCUGAUAUGACAUCGAGAUUUCCUGAGGUACAUGGUAAAAAUGUCGGGGUAUAUGUGGGUUUAAUAGCCUCCGCCUUCGCGCUGGCGCAGUUUGUUACAAAUUAUUUCUGGGGGUGGCUAUCAGACCGUGUGGGCAGGAAGCCGGUCAUAUUGUUUGGGACGUUUUGCACUGCUAUCUGCUUUUUGUUGUUUGGAUUCUGCACAAAGUUGUGGCAGGCAAUUCUGGUUCAGGCUUUGAUGGGUAUGCUCAACGGCAAUGCAGGUCUGGUGUCAACCUGCCUAGGCGAGAUCACCAACCGCAGCAAUCAGUCGCGAGCUUUCACUUAUCUUCCCGUGUUAUAUGGCAUUGGAGGCAUCACUGGCCCCGUUUUGGGCGGCUCUUUGAUUUUCAACACCAACCCGUUCGACAAGAGUCAGCCCAAUCCUUAUCCAUAUGUGUUUCCGAACCUCUUCUCUGCUAUAAUCCUGGCCAUUGAUUUCGUCCUGGUUAUAUUUCUUCUCGAAGAGAGUUUGGAGGAGGCGGAAAACUUACCGAACAUCUCAGCCAGAUUCAAAGAACUGUUCACCUGGCUCUGGCAAUUUACCACAUCUCGUCGGCCGACUUACCUGCGCGCUGCCCGCUCCGGUCCAGUCUAUUAUCGCGCAGCGCCGAGACGGGCACGUUCUGCCAGUGAUUCAACUCAGGAAUCAGAUUUGGAUUCAGCGUCGGACACAGACGACGACCUUGAGCACUCCCCUGAGCUGACCCGGGAAGAAAUCUAUAAUCGCGAUACCAUUCUAUUAUUGGUCACGUAUCUUAUAUUUGCGCUUGUUAACGUCUCUUUCAAUGCUCUCUACCCCAUCUUCGCCCAAUCCCCGGAGCCCACUGGUCGAGACCUGACGCCUCAAGAUAUUGGAUUUUCCCUAGGCUUCUCCGGCGUUGUAACCAUUAUUUUCCAAAUCUGCGUGUUCGGAAAAUUGCGCGACAAGAUGGGAAACAAAUGGUCAUACCGUGCUGGCCUGUUAGGUUUCGUCAUCUCUUUUAUGCUUAUGCCAUUGAUUGGCUACAAGGGCUCUGAUGAGAAAGGCCAUUUGUCCAAAAAAUCGGCUUUACUGGCCUUUGAGCUCUGCUUUGUGUUGCUCGUUAAGACAGUGGCUGCCGUUGGUGGGUUAACGAGUGCACUCUUAUUGGUGACGAACUCGGCGCCAAACCACUCUGUUCUGGGUGCCUUGAAUGGCCUCGCACAAACAUUAUCGGCCGCUGGACGCGCCGUAGGGCCUUUCCUGUCCGGUGGUCUUUUUACACUUGCCACCAAAACGCAAAAGGGUGAAGUUCUCACAUUCGGCGUUUUCGCAGCUGUAGCCUUUGUUGGUUUCGUGUUGAGCUUUGGAAUUCGAUCUUCCACGCUUGAAGCUGCAGGUUGGAGUAGCGACGAGGAUGAGGACGACCCAGAUAAAUCGGACGAUGAAAGCGAGCUGGAGGCUUGA